CUAGAAUUGUUGAUUCCCAAUCAUACUCCUGGUCGGGCGACAUUGGCUAUCUUCUGCACAAACUAAUCCUGAGAUUUCAUUUUGUCUCUGUCUCUAACGUUCUAUAUUUAUCAUUCUCUGACAUAAUUAGCCACCAAGAUGGCCUCCGAAAAAAAGGACAAGCUGGAGCCGCAGAUCAAGUCCGUCGACAUGACGGAGGAUAUGCAGCAGGAAGCUGUUGAAGUUGCGAUCGAGGCGAUGGACAAGUACCAUAUCGAGAAGGAUAUCGCUCAAUACAUCAAGAGAGAGUUCGAUUCGCGCAAGGGUGCGACAUGGCACUGCGUGGUGGGAAGAAACUUCGGCAGCUUCGUGACACACGAAACGAAACAUUUCAUCUACUUCUAUCUCGGUCACUGCGCCAUCCUCCUUUUCAAGACUCAAUAAGCGUGCGCAGGGCAUACAGCGGUCGAUAUCAUUAAAGCGUUUCCUGUACCUAUUCCGGAGUUCUUUGCAGGCGACCACGCCCAGAUAUGUCUCAUACAGAAAUUCAAGGGAUCGGCGUGGUUCGUCGCGAUCUCUGUUGGGAGUGGCUGAUGGGGUAUAAUAUAAUGGGGGAGCUCCAUUGAAGCAGAAGCUACUUCCUGCUGGGAUUUUUGGCAAUCUUGCGUCUUUUGAACAGUACAAAACCAAGUCUGAAAUUUCUG